AUGAGUUUGAUGAACACUUCAAAACAAUGUAUUCGAAAUUUCACAUGUUCGGCGACUAGAUGUGAAGGUGCAAAAAAAUUAAAUAAAUAUUCAUCAAUAGUAACAGGUGAUCCAUCUCAAGGAGCUUCACAAGCCAUGUUAUAUGCUACUGGAUUUAAUGAUGAAGAUUUUAAUAGAGCUCAAGUAGGUGUUGGUUCAGUAUGGUGGACAGGUAAUCCAUGUAAUAUGCAUCUUAUGGAUUUAAAUAAUGCAUGUGCUGAAUCAGUAAAUAAAGCAGGUUUAAAAGCAAUGCAAUUCAAUUCAAUUGGUGUAAGUGAUGGUAUAACUAAUGGAACCGAAGGUAUGAAAUAUUCUUUACAAUCAAGAGAAAUUAUAGCUGAUUCUUUUGAAACUAUGACAAUGGCUCAAUUAUAUGAUGCAAAUAUAGCUAUACCAAGUUGUGAUAAAAAUAUGCCUGGAGUAUUAAUGGCAAUGGGUAGACAUAAUAGACCUUCAAUAAUGGUAUAUGGUGGUACAAUAUUACCAGGUUCACCAAGUUGUGGAUCACAAAACCCAGCGGUAUCUGAUAAAAUAGAUAUUAUAAGUGCUUUUCAAAGUUAUGGACAAUAUUUAUCAAAACAAAUUACUUUAGAAGAAAAAAAUGAUAUUGUUAAAAAUGCAUGUCCUGGUCCAGGAGCUUGUGGUGGUAUGUAUACUGCAAAUACAAUGGCUUCUGCAGCUGAAGUAUUAGGUUUAACAUUACCUUUCAGUUCAUCAUCACCAGCUAUAUCAAAAGAAAAAGCAAAUGAAUGUGCAUCAGUAGGAGAAGCAAUAAAGAAUUUAUUAAUAUUAGAUUUAAAACCAAAAGAUAUUAUAACUAAAAAAUCAUUCGAAAAUGCAAUCACUUAUAUUAUAGCUACAGGAGGAUCAACAAAUGCAGUAUUACAUAUUAUAGCAAUUGCUUCAUCAUUUGAUAUAGAAAUAACAGUUGAUGAUUUCCAAAGAAUAAGUGAUUCUACUCCAUUAUUAGCUGAUUUUAAACCAUCUGGAAAAUAUGUUAUGGCAGAUUUACAAAAAGUUGGAGGAACACCAGCUGUAAUGAAAUUUUUAAUGGAAGAAGGAAUGAUUGAUGGUUCACAAUUAACAGUUACUGGUAAAUCAAUUGCUGAAAAUUUAAAAGAUUUACCAAGUUUACCUGAAGGUCAAGAUAUUAUUCAUAAAGUUUCAAAUCCUUUAAAACCAAGUGGUCAUUUACAAAUUUUAAAAGGAACAUUAGCUCCAGGUUCAGCAGUUGCAAAAAUUACUGGUAAAGAAGGUACUUAUUUUAAGGGUAAAGCAAGAGUUUAUGAUAAUGAACAUGCUUUUAUAACAUCAUUAGAAAAUGGAGAAAUUAAAAAAGGUGAAAAAACAGUUUGUGUUAUAAGAUAUGAAGGUCCAAAAGGUGGUCCAGGUAUGCCUGAAAUGUUGAAACCUUCAAGUGCAUUAAUGGGUUAUGGAUUAGGUCAAGAUGUUGCUUUAUUAACUGAUGGUAGAUUUUCAGGUGGUUCUCAUGGAUUUUUAAUUGGUCAUAUUGUACCAGAAGCUUAUGAAGGUGGUCCAAUUGCUUUAGUUCAAGAUGGUGAUGAAAUUGUUAUUGAUGCUGAUAAUAAUAUUAUUGAUCUUUUAGUAUCAGAAGAUGAAUUAAAUGAAAGAAGAAAAAAUUGGUCACCUCCUCCUUUAAGAUAUCAAAGAGGUACUUUAUUUAAAUAUGCGAAAUUAGUAAGUGAUGCAUCAAAAGGUUGUGUUACUGAUAUAUAA